ACAACUGGAGUGAGUGAGAGGGAGGGAGAAGGCGGAGGAGCCCGAGGAGGCAAGAGCGGGGAGGGGGGGCCGCGUAGAGCCAGGCCCCCCACCCCCACAGCACCCCGCAUUACCCUUGUGCUAUAGAGAGGGCCCCCUCCCUUUUCCCCACCCCGCCCCCAGUAGGGCUCCCUGGACCUGAGAGCAUUGCUUUGGCUUCUGUAGGACCCCCGCCCACCGCCUCCCCACACCCUUGCCCAGUUCCCUUAAGGACCGCUGUGCAUUCUGGCUUAUAGGUGCUUCCUAAAACCUCCCACCCUGUCCGUUACCUGUGGGUCCCUUCUCGCAUGCGCUAUUUAAAAAUAUAUUUCUAAAUGUCUGUCGGGAGCCCCUAACAUCUGUAAGGGGCUGCAGCAUCCCACUUAACCCUCGUCUUGUUUCCCUCAUAGCUUGUCCUCCUACAGGGUCAUCUGCAGGGCCUCUUGUCCCAUUUGGGUUCACCCCACCCUUAAUUUGGUAUUCUCUCCCCCAUCCCGCCCCCGCCCCAAGAUUCACUCUAGAACUGGAUCUGCCCAGAGACCCCUCUUCCGUUCAUUUCCAGGGAUGCCCCCAUCUCUUUCCCUUUGGUAGAGUCCCCUGCACGUCUUCACUUCUGCAGAUCCUUUCUCUCCUAGCCAAGGGAGGGGUGGGGGAAGCUCUAGAUGCCCUAUGCCUCCGACCCAGAGGCCUUCAUCCAGGGGAGCCAGUGACAGUUCCCUCUAAACCCGCUCCCUUGAUUGGAGGAGUUGGGGAAGAGGAGGAGGUCGGGGGUGUACUCCCCACUCCCAAUAUCCUGGAGCUGGAGCCGCAAGGGGGACAGUAUCUAGGCAGCUGCCGAGACUUACAGGAGCAGGGCAAAGGUGAGGCCCAGCCCCCUCCACGGCCGCCAUGCCGUCUAAUGCCCGGGCUGGCAGCUUGAAGGACCCUGAGGUGGCCGAACUGUUCUUCAAGGAUGACCCCGAGAAGCUCUUCGUUGACCUGCGGGAGAUUGGUCACGGCAGCUUUGGCGCAGUCUAUUUUGCCCGAGACAUACGCAACAAUGAAGUGGUGGCCAUCAAGAAGAUGUCCUACAGUGGGAAGCAGUCUAACGAGAAAUGGCAGGACAUUAUCAAGGAGGUGAAGUUUCUGCAAAAACUGCGGCAUCCAAACACAAUUGAGUACAAGGGCUGCUAUCUACGGGAACACACAGCAUGGCUGGUGAUGGAAUACUGCCUCGGCUCAGCCUCAGACUUGCUGGAAGUGCACAAGAAACCGCUGCAGGAAGUAGAGAUUGCAGCCAUUACGCAUGGCGCCCUUCAGGGGCUCGCAUACCUGCAUUCGCACAACAUGAUCCACAGAGAUGUAAAAGCUGGGAAUAUCCUGCUGACUGAGCCAGGACAAGUGAAGCUGGGGGACUUUGGCUCAGCCUCCAUCAUUGCUCCCGCUAACUCUUUUGUUGGCACCCCGUACUGGAUGGCUCCAGAGGUGAUCCUAGCCAUGGACGAGGGGCAAUACGAUGGCAAGGUGGACGUCUGGUCGCUUGGCAUCACUUGCAUCGAACUUGCGGAGCGCAAACCACCCCUCUUUAACAUGAAUGCUAUGAGUGCCUUAUACCACAUUGCCCAGAAUGAUUCUCCAUUGCUCCAGUCCAGUCACUGGUCUGAAUAUUUCCGGAACUUUGUGGAUUCGUGCCUGCAGAAGAUCCCCCAGGACCGCCCAACCUCUGACGUGCUGCUCAAGCACCGCUUCCUCCUGAGGGAACGGCCCCAGACGGUCAUCAUGGACCUGAUCCAGCGAACCAAGGAUGCUGUGAGGGAGCUCGACAACCUGCAGUACCGCAAGAUGAAGAAAAUCCUCUUCCAGGAGGCGCAGAAUGGCCCCAACGCAGAGGCUCCAGAAGAGGAGGAGGAGGUGGAGCAGUUUCUCCACCGGACAGGCACCAUCAACAGCAUGGAGAGCAGCCAUUCGGUGCCCAGCAUGUCCAUCAGUGCCAGUAGCCAGAGCAGCAGCGUCAACAGCCUGGCCGACGCCUCCGACGACGACGAUGGGGCUGAGAUUGCCAUGAUGCAGGAGGGGGAGCACACGGUCACCUCCAACAGCUCCGUCAUCCACCGUCUCCCGGGCCACGACAACCUGUAUGAUGACCCGUAUCAGCCAGAGAUGGAGCCCCAGACCUCAUCGUCGGCUGCCCGACGACGCGCCUACUGCCGCAACAGAGACCACUUUGCCACCAUUCGCACGGCUUCCCUGGUGACGCGCCAGAUCCAGGAGCACGAGCAAGACUCAGCGCUGCGGGAUCAGAUGAGCGGCUACAAGCGGAUGCGGCGCCAGCAUCAGAAGCAGCUGCUGGCCCUGGAGAACAAGCUCCGGGCGGAGCUGGACGAACACCAGCUGCGGCUGGACAAGGAGCUGGAGGCCCACCGCAGCAACUUCUCCGCCGAGGCCGAGAAGCUGGCCAAGAAGCACCAGGCGAUCUUUGAGAAGGAGGCAAAAGCAGCUCUGGCUGAGGAGAAGAAAUUCCAGCAACAUAUAUUGGGCCAGCAGAAGAAGGAGUUGGGCAACUUGCUGGAAUCGCAGAAGCGCCAAUAUAAGUUACGGAAGGAGCAGCUCAAAGAGGAGCUCCAGGAGAACCAGAGCACCCCCAAGCGGGAGAAGCAGGAAUGGCUGCUGAGGCAGAAGGAGAACAUGCAGCAUUACCAGGCCGAGGAGGAGGCCAACCUCUUGCGCCGCCAGCGGCAGUACUUUGAGCUGCAGUGCCGCCAGUACAAGCGCAAGAUGCUGCUGGCCCGCCACAACCUGGACCAGGACUUGCUGCGGGAGGAGCUGAACAAAAAGCAGACCCAGAAGGACCUGGAGUGCGCCAUGCUGCUGCGCCAGCACGAGUCCACCCAGGAGCUGGAAUUCCGGCACCUGCACACCGUCCAGCGCACCCGCACCGAGCUCACCCGCCUGCAGCACCAAACGGAGCUCUCGAACCAGCUGGAGUACAACAAGCGCCGCGAGCAGGAGCUGCGCCAGAAGCACGCCAUGGAGGUCCGGCAGCAGCCGAAGAGCCUCAAAUCCAAGGAACUGCAAAUUAAAAAGCAGUUCCAGGACACCUGCAAGAUCCAGACACGGCAGUACAAGGCCCUGCGCAACCACCUCCUGGAGACCACCCCGAAGAGCGAGCACAAGGGAAUUCUCAAGCGCCUGAAGGAUGAGCAAACCCGCAAACUGGCCAUCCUGGCUGAGCAGUACGACCACAGCAUCAAUGAAAUGCUCUCCACUCAGGCCCUGCGGUUGGAUGAGACGCAGGAGGCAGAGUACCAGGUCCUUCGGAUGCAGCUCCAGCAGGAGCUGGAGUUGCUGAACGCCUAUCAGAGCAAGAUCAAGAUCCACACCGAGGCACAGCAUGAACGCGAGAUCAAGGAGCUUGAGCAGCGGGUAUCCAUCCGCCGGGCCCUCCUGGAGCAGAGGAUCGAGGAGGAGAUGUUGGCCUUGCAGAACGAGCGUUCCGAUCGCAUCCGGAGCCUCUUGGAGCGCCAGGCCCGGGAGAUCGAGGCCUUCGACUCCGAGAGCAUGCGCCUGGGAUUCAGCAACAUGGCUCUGACGGGCAUCCCGGCUGAAGCCUUCAACCAAGGCUACACUGCCCCUCCUCAGCCCUGGCCCUCCCGCCCCGUCCCCCGUAGCGGCUCCCAUUGGAGCCAUGGUGUCCAGAACACAGCCGGCGCCCCCCACGCCUGGAGGCAGCCCCCCAUGCUAGCCCCACCCCCUUCGGCUUGGCUCCACCCUCCUUCCUCUUCUCCUUCCUCCUCCUCUUCCUCCUCCUCCUCAGCCCCUGGUGGCCGCUCCAAUGUAGUCAUGCUGCGGAACAGCCCCCAGCCCCUGCGGCGCACGGCUUCUGGCGGCCAGUCGGACCAGGGCAUCAGUCGCUCGGCCAGUGUCACCUCUCAUAUCCUCAACGGGUCACACUUUUCCUACUCGUGAGGCGAUGGGGAGAAAACAGGGAGACUUUGCCAGAGGGAGGCGGGGGAUUGGCUGGUGGAAAGGGGAGGGAGGCGGGGCAUGUUGGCCAGGGCUCAGCGAGCUGGAAAACGGGAGAUGCUGUGAAACUGAACCACAGUGGGCGGCUCCUCAGUCAUCGGCAGGGGUGGCCCUUGAGCAGCCGCCUCCUCCUCGCAAGCGCAGAGACGCAGAAGACUCGGACGGUGAGGUGGAAGGUUCAGUUCCCGCCCUCCGGAGCAUAGCUGGGGCCUCCUCAGAUUGUGGCUUCUGACCCCCCGCCAAACGGGUAGAGACACCGAAGCUGCGGACGUGACGUUGGCAGUCAGCUCCUGCGUCCCUGAUUGUUGCCGCUCACACCUCCAGCGUUGCCUCAAUCUGUAGGGCGAGAGAGACCAAGAACAGUGCCCCAGCAGCGGAGGCUAAAUUAUCUCUUCAGGGUGUGGCUGGAUAUUCCCAAUCCCACUCUUGGGAAGGGAUUAAAAAGAAAAGAAAAAAAAAGAUCCCACAUUGCAACAAAUCCAGAAAUCUUGAUUGUGCACCCCUGGCCUGUGAACAGAGCCGCUGCAGCCAGAAAUCUGUUCUUUUUCUCCUGCGUCAUGGUUCCAUAAAUUGGUUCAGGUGUAAGAGAAAUUAAAUUAUGAAUGGGCAUGGAUUUGGGGAGAACCCUGGAUUGCCAUUGGCGGUGGCUAAACCUGUGCAUGCAUAGAAUUAUCGGAUUGACAGUGAAGAACUUUGCAUCUUUUCUAAGGCGUGGACAUUGGCUUUUGAUCCCGCCCAAAUCCGCAGACAAAAAGAGAAACGCAGAAUUCAUUCUGCUUCUGGACCAUUCCCCGCUUCCGGAACCUUCCUCCCCUCCCCACGGAGAGGGAAGUGCCAAUUGCGCGCUCCUCCGAGCUCAUGGCCACAUUGCCCCAUUUCUCAAUGAGGUGGCUGACCUCCAGCCCUGGGGUCCCACGUGAUGGAGGGGAAGCCAAAUGGUUCCUGAACCAGUCCUCACAUUCCUGUCAUGAACCAGAAUGUAGACUUCAAACAGUGCCCUCCACCACCACCCAUAUGUCUGUUUUUGAGAUGUGGAUCGAAGCCCAUGCCAGCCCAGGGGUCUUUGUGUUAAUAGCCACCCCCUACCCACACGCAUUACGCUGCCUCCCCCUCCCAGGGGCAAACCACCUGCCAUUCUUGUCACACAGAAGAGGGGCUUUGAAUGGUAGUCUCCUCCCGCUCUCCCUCCUCUCCUGUGCAAAGCACUAAAUUCAGUUUCCCAGCCCUAGCCUAAGCCUAUGGAAGGUCAGGCGCCUUCUGCAGCCAAGGCCAUGGGCUUGUGAAUCACCUUCCGCCCUGCCCUGGGUCCUCCCUGCAAGCCGCCUCUUCUUCUCCCAGAACCUUUUUGCCCCCUCAAAAGUUGCCUCCUGUAACUACCAUCCUCCCCCCCAGUCCUUUCUCUGCAUUGCUGACUUGCCCCCUUCCCCAGCCAGUUUGAGCCUCCUCAAUUCUGCAGCCCAAACAGGCUUCCUGUAUUUGCAUGCCAAGGGAUCAGUCGCAGAACCUGAACUCCCCAGCGGAGUUAAGAACACCAUCUUCAUCCCAGCUCCCUUUCUUCAUGCUCCCUUGUUCCCAUACGUCACUUCCUGUCCCCUGUCCCCUAAUCCAUGCACCCUUGGAGAAUGUUCUCAGUUACACAGAAUGCCCAGUAUGAUCAAACCCCAAGGCUGGCUACCCAGGGUUUGGGAUCAGGGUCAGCUUGUUGCAAUUAUUUUGAGGGCCAAUUGCCUCUUUGUCAAACGACUUUUCUGUCCUUAAAAAUCAAGCCAGUUUUCUGAUGGGAAACAAUUCCCCCACCUGUAGCUCCCCCAGAACCUAUGUGGGUCAGAUCAAAUGGUCCCACCAGCCAGUAGAGAACAAUCCCUGAAUCUGAUAUGCUGCCGGCCCCCAGUUAAGAGGAGGGGGGGUUUGAAGUCGGCUUUUCAACGGUGGCUGUUAAAGGAGAAGCUUGACGGACUUUUUCCAUGCUCCAAAUCACGCUUUCUUCUUUUUCCUCCUGUUCACCGUUUUUCAAAGCUUGCCAGAGUGUUUCUACCCAAAGGGGAAGGAGCCUAAGCUAGGAGCCUGAAUUCUUACCUAGAGGGUUUGAAAUGCAGUUUCUGUCAUGAGGGAAGGUGACCCUGCAAGUGAGGGUAAUUUUGAAGCCAUCCUCUUCUCCCUUCCCUCAGCUGGGGACUUUGCAACCCAUGGCCAUGGUGGAUCAGGAUGAUGGGAGUGGUAGUCCAGCACAUCUGGGGGGAAUUGGGUUGGGGAAGGCUGCCAUAACAUAAAUGGGAAGGAGCGUUGCUUGCAAUGCUCUUGAUUUGGAUUAAGAGGAAACAUGGGUGCAUGUUCAUUCAGAGUGGGGCUCCAAGUGCACAUUUCUUAAAAUGAGGGCUUUGCCAGGCGUGGGGAGAAGAUGUUGAAAACUUCUAUAAACUUUGUUGUGAGAAGUCAGCCUUCAGGGAUUUAUUUUCCUCUUCCAAUUGAUCCAGAAGAGAACUUCUCUAGAUGUUUCCAACAUGUAGGGAAGAAUGCCCAUUUUGCACCCAACAAUAACUGAUGAGUUGGUAAAGCUAUUUACUGGACUGGACUAUUUUGGAUUUCAGGUGGUGGGACAAUGUUAGGGUGUUACGCAUGUCCAGUGUAUAUGAAAACUGGAUAUCAGGGGGGCAAGCUCUGGUCAGGCCUUCUCCUGAUAUGUUAGUUUUGUAUGCACAACAACGUUUUCCCUUAGGGAAGUAUUUACCAUGUUGAUUCCUUGACCUGGUAACUAAAGUGGGACAGUUUAGGAAGAGUUCUACCAACCCUAUCGGCUGUUUGUGUCAAUCAGUCCUAGGCUCGGUCAGGAGGGGUAUGUGUCACCUCUCCAUAGGGUACCACCAUUCCCCAGGAAGAUGGUGGCAGAUCAAUCCAAGCUUCCCAUCCUUUUGAAAUUAGCAUGGAGGAGAAAUAAUUUUGCCAUCCUGAAAAGAGGUAGAAAACAUGGAAUAAACACUCCACCUCAUGGGUCUCCUAGUGAGCAGUGGAAGCUUUGUUUACCUCAUAUGGUAGAUCAUGGGGCUUUAGGAUCCAUACACCCCAAAGGGACAAGUCCUGUAAAUGUGUGACGAGGACACACUUCCCUUGUGUACAGCAAGGAAGGCAAAACUAGUCUGAGGGAAUCCUGACCAGUAGUAAAGUCCCUGAUGGAAGAACACUUUGAAACAAGAUUUUCCCUCUGAGGGAGGGGAAUGUGUUCUCCUUUACCCACACGAAGACAUUGAAGUUUACUGGACGUUGCCAUUUUGUGGUAGGGAACUUUUAAACACUUGUCUUCCUAUUGCAAAACAGUCAAGCAAGUCUUCUCCCCUAGUCACUCAAACACAAAACCUCAUAAAUCCUCUCUUCUCACCAAAUAACCUUCUCUACACAUGUCCUCCUUAUAUAGAUAGAUACACAUACAUAGAUACACACACACACACACACACAAACACACCGGCACUAGUUUGGCCUCAACCAUAAAAUGUCCUCCUUGAAACGUCUCGGACUUCUGAGGAAAGAGACUUCUCCCAGAAUCCUUUUCCAGAUUUCUCAUGUUAAUUUUUCAGAUUGAACAAGGCCGCCAUUUUAAACAAGGCGGGGUGGGAGGGGGAAAGAGAAUGGGAUUGUUUGUUACUUCAAGAUAUGUUCAGUUAGUGAUUUCUGCCUGCCUGGGAUCGGGAAAUGGGGUUAUGGGGAGGGACGGGCUGGAGGGGCUUGAUGUAUUAUAAUAAUUAAUCCUUUUGUUUCUAAAAAAAAAUCCUUUUUUUCUGUUUUUUGGUGCCAUAACUUCCCCCAUGUACAGUUUACCUCUUCCUGUCUUUUUCUUUUUGUUUGCGCUUCCCUACUCUCCGCCACCCCUGAGUUUUUUUCCCCUGUCUCCCUCUGUGUGGGUGAUUAAAAACUAAUGUGAGUGUGUGUAUGUAUGUGUGUGUAUGUCUUUUUUUAUAUAUGAAGAAAAAAAAUGUUGGGGGGAAACUUAGACAUAUGUGUCCUAUGGAAUGUAUUAGAAAAAAAGAACACUUUUUUUAAAAAGAAAAACGAACCACAACAGGGAUGGGGGCGGGGAAGUGUGAAUCUUACUUGGGACAGCAAAAACGGAAAGAGAACACACAGACGGAAUUGGCUGCUCUCUAGAGGGCCGCCAGUGGGAGAGGUUGGGUGGGGUGAGAUCUUUUAAUAAAAAUGUUGAAUAUUUAAAAAUCAAAA